AUGGCUUUCAACAAGAAAUAUGCAGGUCUCCCAGACCUGGUCCGUAUAACCUUAUCUGCCCCGUCUUCGCAUCCACUAACAGUUACUACUACGGUCCGUACCGCAUCCAAUGUCGACGACGAUAUCGGCUACAAUUCCGACAUCGAUAGACAAGGGGUGAACCCCGACGCGGCGCGUGCCCUUUUCCUAGGUGCCACAGUGGACGCUCGCGACGUCAACUUCUCCGACAGCAUCGAUAUCAAGCGGAAAUCCUACCGGAGUAAGAGGAGUCAUCGUCGACGGAGACAUGAAAACGGUCUCGAGGAAGUGGGUGAUCUUAGUGAUAGCGAAGAUGAGACCCUCAAUCGAAAACUCAACCGUCUGCGUCGAGAGGUCGAGGAAUUGAAACAUGAUAUGGCUGCUCAACUUGAUGAUUCUCAACCAUCUCAUGUUGAAAACAAAGAUAGUCUAGAUGAUGGAGUGCUGGAGUUAAGUCGUGCCUUGGAUACACUCUACGCGUCAUCCCGUCGUCCGGCCAGUACACAUCACUCGGCUGCGGCCGUGUUAUCCCAGAGACUCACGUCCGACUCCACCAAUGCGCCAACAACCACCCCCGAGAUACCUUCGUCUGGACAAGAAGUAGAAGGAGGAAUCCUAUCCCACGCCGCCGCCUUCGACAGCCGGCUGGCUCUCCUCGAAGCCGCCAUGGGCAUCUCCAGCUCAUCGAACCCGUUUGUCACCGACGGUAUAUCCGAGCCAUCUCUACAGCCUGUUCUCCCCAACUUAGACCACGUCACGUCGCGACUCACCACACUGACGAACCUCCUCGUUGGUCCGGCCCCCGUAUCCGCUGUCGGCUCCGUCGGCUCCACGCCAUCCACCACCAUAUCCACACCGCAUCUCGAAUCCCUCUCGGCACGAGUCCGCAAACUUACCAUCGACACGGAAGCCCUGGCUUCCGCGCGCAAAAAUGCCGUCGAAGCCGCCAAAGCCGCUCAGAAUGCGCGCAUCGACGCCGCGGCGCUUGGUCUCGACAAGCUCCACCACCACGCCAAUGCGUCGUCGUCAUCAUCAUCCGCAACAGAAGUCAUCGACCCCACUGCUUCUCAGCGCGACGAACAAGUCACCAAGAUCCAGGCACUGUAUGCAACCCUCCCGACUAUCCAGUCGUUACAUCCUAUCCUCCCCAGCGUCUUGGAGCGCUUGCGCUCCCUCCGUGCUAUCCAUGCCGGUGCCGCGCAGGCCGCUGAAUCUCUGGAUGUUCUGGAACGCCGACAGGCGGAUAUGGCAGGUGAGAUUGUUCAGUGGAGAGAGGGGCUCGAUGUCGUGGAAAGGAAAAUGUCUGAGGGUGAGGCGGCUCUUAAAAGUAAUGUCGAACUGGUGGAACCUUGGGUGCGGGAUCUGGAGAUGAGAUUACAGCGGUUGAACUGA